AUGCACCAAACCAUCCCCGGAGACGAAGUCUACGGACCCGGAACCUACAUCGAUCAAACCGUCCUCCCCGUACCAGAAGAUACCCGCCGUGUCUUCGAGUUCCUCGCCUCCAAAACCCCCGGCUUCACCCAAGAUCCCGCACUAUGGAACACCGUCAAGUUCAAAGGCCGACCUGAUCCCAUGGUUCCGGGCCCAAUGAAGUCCCCCGUGGUAACAGCAGCUCUACACGCCAUGUGCGGAGUAGUUGCCAACGAGCUUCUCGAGCUCCGGGACAACAAGCCAGCGAAACAAGCAUGCGUCACUGUGGACACAGACCAUGCGGGAAUCUGGCUCGCAUCGACAUUCACCGCAUUCGUCAACGGGAAAGAUAUUUCCGAGCUUGUUCGGGCCCGCGAACUGGCUGGGAUCUUCGAUAGGGAUUUCGAGAAGGGAUUCGGCGUUGGACCAUUGGCUGGUCGGGCAACGGCUCUGUAUCCGACUAAAGAUUCCAGUGUGUGGUACCAGCUUCAUGGAUCGUUGGAUGCGGAUAAGACGCUCUGCUCUAUGGGUAUUGAUAUCCAUGUUCCCUUGAAGAAUUUCGCAGAGGGAUACGAGUAUAUCCGUGAGCAUGUGCAGAAGUGGAGUCCUGAUGAGUUGGAGAUGCAUAAUAUCAAGAACGGCCUUUGUGGUAGUAUCUGCUACUCGCCGGAGGGUUGGAGGAAGACGGAGAUGGGGAAGCGUCUCGCAGAGUAUCCUCUCGUCAACUAUACGCAUGAGUCGUAUGCUCAGUCGACUGCGCCAACACCUUUGACGCAAUUGCCUGAUCGUCGUCCGUUGGCUGGGAUUAAGGUCGUGGAGAUGGUACGGAUCAUUGCUGGUCCCACUGUUGGUGUGACUUUGGCGUCUUUCGGAGCCGAUGUGAUCCGUGUGAAUUGCAGCAAACUGGCUGAUUUGAAUGUUCUUCAAUUGACUCUCAAUGCGGGAAAACGAACCAUCGAUCUUGACAUCACAAAUGAACAGGAUAUGGCCCGACUCAAGGAACUUGUGGGAGAGGCGGAUGUCUUUGUGCAAGGUUUCCGCUAUGGGUCACUGGACCGGAAGGGUCUCGGUCUCCAGAGCAUGCUCGACAUGGCAGCGAAUAGAAACAAGGGCAUUGUUUACGUCGACGAAAACUGCUACGGUCCAUCAGGCCCAUUCGCCGAAAGACCCGGCUGGCAGCAAAUUGGAGAUGCCGCAUCGGGUGUCUCAUAUGUGAUGGGUCGAUCAUUGGGAUUCGACGAAGGGACUAGUGUUCUUCCCCCACUACCGAUCUCCGAUAUGACCACAGGCGUGGUUGGUGCUUUGGCUACCAUGCUGGCUAUCAGAGACCGGGCUCAGAAGGGAGGUUCGUAUCACGUAGUUAGCUCGCUUGUAGCAGCAGAUACGGUUCUGCUCGACGCUGAAAUUGGUCUGUAUCCCGUUGAUGUGGUGCAGAAGACAGCCGAUACGUUCAAGUUUGAGCCCUCUACUCCUGAUCAGUUCGUUGCGGAGAUUAUGCUCCAGAUUCUCGAUGGCUGGAAGCGAGUGUUCCCAGAAUAUCUUGAGCAGCAAUCUCCAUUCAUGAUGAGCUUCCAGGAGACCCCAUGGGGUCAAAUGGAUAUGCUGAAGCCUGUGGCCAGGCUCAGUGAUGAGGAUGCCAGUCCUAUUUGGACAACACCCCCUGUACCAAAUUGUCACCAUGACCAGGGCCUCAUUUGGAGGUGA